AUGACAAGCACAGCCACAGCCACGCCCAGCGUGCCCGAGGCCAAGGAAGCGUUGUCGAAUAAGAAGUUGAAGGAGUUGAAGAAGAGGGAAAAGGCCGCCAAGAGAGCAGCUCAAAAAGAAGCGAGCGGAAUCACAGCUGAGCAGCAACAACGUCUGGCGGAAUUGAAGAUGGAAAAGAAGAAGCAGAAACCAAACUCUGCAGCAACGGCGUCAAACCUAAAGAAGCAAUUGAACCAGACGUUGAUCAAAGAUGACCGGAAAGUCCCUCAUUUGUUUGGUCACUUGGAGACUCGCGAGCAAAGAAACGCAUCCUCGUCAACCAUCCCCCACAUUGUUCAUCCUGCCAUUCUCUCGCUCACUUUGAAAUACUCCAGCUUUGUAAUUGUUGGCUCGGCGGCGAGAUUGCGUAUGAUGUUGGAGGCGUUUAAAGAGGUGAUUCAGGACUACAAAACGCCAGAAAAUACGACUUUGGCACGUCAUUUAACAGGGCAUUUGUCUCACCAGAUUGAAUACCUCAAGUCUGGUCGUCCGUUGUCGGUGUCCAUGGGGAACGCAAUCAGAUGGCUCAAGCAGGAAAUAUCGCACAUUUCGAUCGACGUAAAUGACAAAAUGGCAAAGGAAAUCUUGCGUGAGAGCAUCGACAAUUUCAUCCAGGAAAAGAUAACCCUCUCCGACCAGUUAAUCGUUGAGAAUGCUUCAAAGCACAUUGUUUCGGGCUCCACCGUGCUCACGUAUGGACACUCGCACGUCUUGGAGGAACUAUUUGAAUACUGUGUACUUGAGCAAGGGAAAAAGUUUAACCUAAUCAUCGUUGAUAGCCGACCGCUCUUUGAAGGUAAAAAGUUGUUCAAAAACUUGACCAGCAAAGUCGGCCGCCGCAAAGUCGGUGGAAGUGAUGUGCAGAUCUCCAUAACGCAAAGCCAUAUCAGUGUCCACUAUGCGCUCUUGAACUCGUUGUCGUCGACGUUGUUGCAAGAUGUCGACUGCGUGUUUUUGGGAGCCCACGCCAUGCUUUCCAACGGGCGGCUUUUUGCUCGCGUGGGCACGGCCUUGAUUGCGAUGAUGUGCCAUACCAGAAAUAUCCCAGUUUUGACGUGUUGCGAGUCCAUUAAAUUCUCAGAUAAAGUGCAAUUGGACUCGGUGACCACGAAUGAGCUAGCAGACCCAGAGGACUUGAUCAAAAACACAAACAUCAUGCAAGCCCCAAGCAAAAAGUUUUCCGCGCUAGAACAGUUUCUUAGCCAAACUGUGGACACCCAGAAAGACAAGAAAGGUAAGGAAGUGCCCGGUGACAACGAGGAGCCCUUAAGUGAUUGGAAAACUGCGCCCGCUUUGAAUAUCUUGAACAUCAUGUACGACUUGACUCCUCCGGAAUAUAUCAAUAAAGUCGUUACGGAGGUUGGGUCAUUGCCACCUUCCUCGGUACCGGUAAUCUUGAGAGAGUAUAAAAAUACAUAG